AUGCAGCCUCCUCUCAGUCUUCACUCAGCCGAUGGGUGCUUGGAAAUCAGCAGUGACUGGAACAACCACAGCUCUUCUCCUGGUGGUCGUCCUCCUCGCUGUCUUCCUGUUGAUCAGGAGCCAGAGCUGGACGUCAGCAGCGCAUUCGUGGCCAACGCCGCCAGCCACAUCAAACUCAAAGGCCCGAGGAGCAGAGGGCUGCAGAUCACCACAAAGAACAAGGAGAACAAGGCCAGGACCAGCCAGGGCGAGGACACAGAAGAAAUGAAGAGGAAGGGAGAGUCUCUGACAGAACAGGGCAUUGAGAUGUUUGGGCGGGGCUGGUACAGCCAGGCAGUCCACAUGUUUACAGAAGCCAUCUACUGUGACCCUAAGGACCACAGGUUCUACGGGAAUCGCUCUCACUGUAACUUGUGUCUGGGGCGGCACUGCGCCGCCCUCAAGGACGCUCAGAGGUCAAUCGAGCUGGCUCCCGAUUGGCCGAAGGGAUUCUUCCGUAAGGGUAGUGCUUUGAUGGGGUUAAAGCGGUACAAAGAGGCGGAGAAGGCCAUGGUGCAGGUGUUAAAGUUGGAUCAGCACAUUGACGAGGCGUCCAGUAAACUCGUCAGCUGUCGGGUUCUGCAGCUCAUGGAUAUGGGUUUUGAGGAGGAGCAGAGUAAACUUCUGCUGGAGAAGUUCAGCACGGUUCAAGGCGUCCUCAAGUCCUCUGAGGCCAAAGCACUGAAGCAAACAUCUCUGCAGGAGAAGAGUGGGAGCUGUCCCUCUCUGUGGGUUGGGAACAUUACACUAGAAGUUACAGAGAAAGACCUCCGGGAGAUCUUCAAAAUGUUUGGUGAGAUAGAGAGCGUCAGAGUUCUUCACGAACGCUUCUGUGCCUUCGUCAACUUCAAGAACGGCAACAUGGCUGCCAGAGCCCUGGAGAAGCUGCAGGGGGUGGAGCUGGGGAGCGCCAAGCUGGAGGUCCGGUACCCGGACUAUUGGCUCCAGCGGACUCUUCCCUCCACAUAA